AUGCUAUCCCGCCGACCAAGAACUGGCCCAUCAACUUGGUCUAUUGUUCCUCGAAAUCCUGAUGCAGAGCCGGGAAUGGCAUGUAAAUCGACCGUCACCAACACCGGUAACACGACAAUCGUCGGUGAUCUUGGAACAGGAGGAAUCAGCAUCACAGGGCAAACCUCGUUGGUGGUCACUGGCCGAAUCGUUAUUGGCGAUGAAACUCUCACAGCCUUCUCAGAUGCCGGAGCCGCUUAUACCGCGAUCAAUGGCUUCGGUCCCAGUCUGAUACCAGGGAUGGAGCUUGGAGGUCUGGUUUUGUCUCCUGGGGUGUUUAGAUUCACCAGUAGUGCCCAGUUGACAGGAACGUUGACGCUCAAUGGGACUGGUUCGCCAAACGAUGCAUGGUACUUCCAAAUUGCAUCAACCUUGACAACAGCACCGGAUGCUGCUGUGGUCUUCAUCGGGGGCGGAACACCCUGCAACGUGUACUGGACGGUCGGAACUUCAGCAACCAUCGAUAGAAGAACCUCAUUUGCCGGAACCAUACUUGCAUCUGCUUCGGUAACAUUCAAUGGCAAUGCUGUACUUCUUGGGCGGGCUAUCGGGCUAACAGGGGCCGUUACUAUGAUCUCGAAUGCUAUAGUGGUAACGAAUAAUUGCCCGGUGUCCUCGUCUUCAACCUCUACCACACUGGCGAGCUCCACUCCGCCAGUUGGCCCUCCAGUUCCGACAGAUUUAUUUUCGAUAGCUACCACCCCGCUUAUACCUUCCGGUACACCACUAUCCCAAGGUCCCGGAGGGCAAAUACCUCCAAGUGUGACGGUGAUACUGCCCGAUUCUCAGUCGAGUGACACUUUGUCCAGGACAGUAUCAGCUACCACCAGCUCUCAGCUGCCUAUUCCAGAAGUUCCCAGUCCUCAGACUGCCAUUUUCCAGACUUUUAGCUCUAAAGUCGCCAGCCUCCAAAGUCUUGGCUUCCAGAGUCUCGGUUCCGAGACCUCGAGUUCUUACACCCCCGGGCUGCCAGCUGUUAGCUCUGGGGUAAGGAGCUCUCAGGUUGCAGAUUCUCAGACUGUUCUCUCUCUAUCCGCAAGCCUUUUACUAUCUGGCUCCCAAGCUACAAGUUUUCAAUCUGGCUCUCAGUCUUCCAGCUCUCAAACUACGAGCUCUCAAACUACGAUUUCUCAAACUACGAGUUCUCAAACUACGAGUUCUCAAACUACGAGUUCUCAAACUAUGAGUUCUCAAACUACGAGUUCUCAAACUGGCUCCCAAUCUUCCAGCUCCCAAACUACAAGCUUUAAAUCUAGCUCUCGAGCUGCGAGCUUUUCAUUCCCCAUUUCGCAAACUUUCAGUGUCCAAACUUCAAGCUCCCAAAAUGCAAGCCUUAACGCUAACAGCGCCGAAACCUCUAGCUUAAGCCUUUUGACCUCGUCCUCGAUAUCUUUCGGAUACCAAACUUCAACAUUCUUGGACUCGACAAUUACUACCUCGCCUCUUGCAACGUUCUCCAGUGUCUCUUUCACCGGGCUGGAUGUAACGACUAUGACCUUCCCAACAUUGUCUGGAUCUACUACAUCUGGUGUCGAAUCGGCGUCCAGUACCUCAGGAGAUGCAGUCGGCAGUGAAAGUACUCGAACAUUCUCUGGAACUACGACAGAAUCGGAAGCAAUGAUCACCAACUCUCAGUUAUUCUCUGCCUCGUCUGAAAUGAUUUCCGCAUUGAACCCGACCGUGACCGCCGCGGUCAACGUUCCAUUUUUUUCGGGAUCGGUCACGAUUCAAGAUGUGAUUACUGUUAUAGUCACGACCAUUUCAACUCUGACAUCGUGUCCUCACAAAGCAACAUGUACAGGACAGACCUCUACUUGGACUGGAUCCGAAGGGCCUCUGCCAUGUUCUGCACAUACGACAUGCUCGUGUGUCCUUCCGGGUGGCACCAAGACCGUGACCGAGCUGAUUACGCUCACCUCCUGCCCCCUCGAGAAAACCUGUACUGGGCAGAAAUCCACUUGGACCGGGAGAGGUGGACCACUCCCUUGUUCUGCUGGAGACAGCUGCUCGUGUGUGCUUCCCGGCGGCACGCAGACCGCCACCACCUGUCCAACUAGCUGUGCAUGUAGUGGCCAGAUAACAAAGUGGACAGGUAGUAAUGGGCCAACUACCUGCGCUGCCGGAGUUACGUGUAAUUGGGUGUUGCCCAGCACCGGGCCUGUGGUCACAACAGAAUCGCUGCCUCAUUUCAUUCCCGGAGGAAUGACUUCAAGAGACAGCGGAACCGUGGCUGAAGCAACUACCCUGCCUUUGCCAUUUACUGGUGGCGCUUAUAGGGCUUUUGAAACCAGCCUGGGUUUCUUUGCUGGGAUUGCGGUGAUUUUGCUGUGCACGCUUUGA